GUCAAACUUGGACAAAACCCAAAGCAAAUUAGAGAGAGUAAAGGAAUCAGAAAAUGGCGUCUAAAGCAGCAAAGAAAGCGAAUCUGUUGGAUCACCACUCCAUCAAACACAUCCUUGACGAGUCUGUUUCUGAGAUAGUAACGAGUCGUGGUUAUGUUGAAGAUGUCAGAUUGAGCAACGUGAGGCUGUUAGUUGGGACCAUCAUCAUCGUCAUUGCUCUGUUUGCACAGUUUUACAAGAAGAAGUGCAUUUUAUUGAUUUUGCUUCAGUUCUGUUUGAUCUUUAACUCUGGCAGUGGCACGUAUAUAGUAUUCAAUGGGAUGUUGCAGCUGAUCAUAUACACUAAGGAGAAAAAUGCUAUUUUGUUUACUUAUCCUCCUGCUGGAUCCUUCACCAGUACUGGUUUAGAAGUUUCGUCCAAAUUGCCUAGAUUUUCAGACAUAUACACACUUAACAUAGCGAGUGCAGAUCCAAAAUCAGUGUCUGCAAACGAACCAGUGCAUUUGACUAAAAGUGUUACCGAAUGGUUCACUAAGGAAGGAGUCUUGGUGGAGGGCCGCUUCUGGAAAGAUGUGGAGGCAUUGAUAGAUCAAUAUACAAAAGAACCAAAGAAGAACAAGUAAUAUAGAGACAUGAACUUAGUUAUGUAGCGCACCUUUUUGGAGGGGAGAUACGUAAAUCUGGAUAUGGUUUAUGACUUAAACAUUUAGAAUGGCAGGGAAUCAGGAUUUCACUAACUUUACAACACAAUUUAUUCCCAUAUUUCAUCGGUGUUUUUCUGUUGAAAAAGAUGGAGCAUUAGUUUCACUUAGUUUCCUGAAAAAGAUUAAUUGUUGCCUAUCUUUU